GCCCGUUAAAAUCUCUUGUCCCCUUUCCAGAAAGGACCGCGCCGCGCCGCGCGCUUGGCUCCGCGAGACAAUCAGAUCAAGACUGAUCUCCCUCGCGAUUGUCCUCAAUUGAAUUUUCAUCUUUCAUUGAAUUAUGAGAUUGCUUCACCCUCUGUCCGGAUUAAUGCCUGUGUAAUCGUCAUUUUGCUCCCCUCCCCGCCUUUCCUUCGUUUGUGUCCAAGUAUAAGCUUGUUCUGUGGUCAUGGGGUGUAUAAUUUCAUUUUUGCCUAGGGUGAUGAGGGGGUUCACUAUUCUGUAAAGCGGAUACCAGGUGGAUCUAUGGUCUACAAAUACGCGAGAUUCAGCGCGCGGACGUCAGUGGAAGUUUAGGAUCAGGGAGGAUGCAGGCUACGCGUUGGUGCGCUUUCUUUCUCCUCGCGCCUGCAAUUUACCUGGUGGCGAGUGUCCGAGCCUCCGUCGCGGGGAAGCCGGACCUGCUGAAGUCCGGGGGCUCCAAGUCGCCCCUGAAGCUGAAGCACACGUGGGCGGAGCCCAGCAGCAAGGAGCUGUCAAUCAGCCGGCUGCUGUCCCAGGCCCUGCCUGCCAAGGGGAACGGGACGGCGCUGGACCUGCGCUACGCCACGCCCGAGCCCUACUCCGAGCAGGACCUGUGGGCCUGGCUCCGGAACUCCAGCGACCCCCUCCAGGAGUCCCGGUCCCGCGCCAAGAGGCGGCCCAUGGUCAAGACCGGGAAGUUCAAGAAGAUGUUCGGCUGGGGCGACUUCCACUCCAACAUCAAGACCGUCAAGCUCAACCUGCUGAUCACCGGCAAGAUCGUGGACCACGGCAACGGCACCUUCAGCGUCUACUUCCGCCACAACUCCACAGGCCAGGGGAACGUGUCCGUCAGCCUGGUCCCGCCCACCAAGAUCGUGGAGUUCGACCUCUCCGCCCAGCAGUCGGUGGUGGACGCCAAGGACUCCAAGUCCUUCAACUGCCGCAUCGAGUACGAGAAGGUGGACAAGGCCAACAAGAACACGCUGUGCAACUUCGACCCGUCCAAGACCUGCUACCAGGAGCAGACCCAGAGCCACGUCUCCUGGCUCUGCUCCAAGCCCUUCAAGGUCAUCUGCAUCUUCAUCUCCUUCUACAGCACGGACUACAAGCUGGUGCAGAAAGUCUGCCCGGACUACAACUACCACAGUGACGCUCCCUACUUCCCCUCCGGCUGACCCCGCCCCCUCCCUACCCACUUCCUUUACAUCCAGCACGGACCAAAAUGGUACUGAGAUGGGGGACCAGGGUUCCCCUUCAUCCCUCUCCCAAAUAUAUAUAUAUAUAUAUAAAUAUAUAUCAGCUACCUGCACUGUCCCGAAAAUGUCCACAAUCUAAUGAAGAACACUAUCCAAAUAAAGUGUUCAUUAAAAUAACUGGCCCAACUAAAACAAUAAUAAUAAUAAAUUCACAUUCAGACAUUUCAUGUUUUUGCAAAAAUAUAAAAUGUUUGUGCAAUGAGAGAGCAAGGGUUAAAUUGCAAUGAUUUUAUUUUUAAGUUUACAAAAAUAUUAGUUAAGAUUAAAUUUUUGCUAUAAAAGCUCACAGGACGUGUACAUCGUGGAAACUGAAUUUAAACGAUUAUUGCUAAAAUCUAAUUUUUAUUUAUUUUAAGUACUUCUCUUUUUUUACCAGCUAUGGCAUACAGCAUAUGACUUAGCUGCACUCAUUUACUUUUAGGAUCAGCUUAAGUUUUAGCAGGGUAUUUAUUUUGUUUUUCUUUCUCAAAUCCUCCAAAACAGACAACAGAGGUGCCUCAAAUUUAUUCCCCCCUUCCCCCGUUGUUUGUUUAUUUAUUUAUUUAUGAUUUUUUUGUGAACGCAGCGAUAUUUCUCUUAGCCGCAGCAGUUUUGCUGGAUCCUCUUCGUCAGCACAUUUCCGUCCCACUCCAAGUCAAAGACAGCGGGAUAGCUGCCCUGGCCUGCUUUUAUUCCCAAAGACCACCUUUCCUCAUGCAAUCCCCCCCUUUGACCCCCCCCCCCCCCCCACUAGC